AUCGAGUCUGGCUCCCCACAGUGGCCUUCCCCUGUACUGCCAGCAAACAGGGGGAGUAGUGCGGGGCGGGGCAAUGCCACACCUGCCCUAGCCCCACGGCUCCUCCGGCUGAAGCGCCGGGCUAGGCUGCAGACUCGCCCCCAGCAGUCUCGGGGCCGCGGCAGCGUGUGGCCAUCCCCGGGCGGAGCGGCCAGGGGCAGGAUGGUGGAUCGGGAGUUCAACAAGACACUGCUACUAGAGCUGCUGAGAGCAGCCGGGACGGGGAACACCAAGUGCGCAGACUGCGGGGCACCCGAUCCUGAGUGGGCCUCUUACAAGCUUGGAAUAUUCAUUUGUUUGAAUUGCUCUGGGAUUCAUCGCAAACUUCCUGAAAUCAGCAGGGUCAAAUCCAUCCACCUUGACUUCUGGGAGAAUGAUCUAUUAGAGUUUAUGAAGAUGCAUGGGAAUCUCUGGGCCAAGGCUAAAUAUGAGGCAAAAGUCCCGCCUUUCUAUUACAUCCCCCAUUCCAAGGACUGCGUGGUUUUAAAAGAACAGUGGAUCAGAGCUAAAUAUGAGCGGGAAGAGUUUGUUGCCACCAGUGUCUGCCAUGAAACAGGUUCCUCAGGCAGCCGGGAAGGAUUUCUGUGGAAGCGCGGGCGGGAUAGCAGGCAGUUCCUGGAGAGGCGGUUCCUCUUGUCGGCAAGGGAAGGUGUGCUGAAGUACUACACCAAAGAGUCUAAAGGUCCGAAAGCUGUGAUCAGCAUAAAGGAUCUGAACGCAAUGUUCCAGACGGAGAAAAUCAGAAACCCCCAUGGGCUGCAGAUCACAUACAGCAAAGAAGGUCAGACGAGGAACCUCUUUGUCUAUCAUGAAAGUGGAAAGGAAAUUGUUGACUGGUUCAAUGCCAUUCGGGCAGCGCGUUUCCAUUACCUUAGAACCGCCUUCCCCACCGCUCCUGAGGCCGAGCUCAUACCCAAGAUUACAAGGAAUUAUUUCAAAGAAGGCUAUAUGGAGAAAACAGGGCCAAAGCACAACGAGGCCUUUAAGAAGCGCUGGUUCAGCCUGGACUCCCAGGAGAGGAACCUGCUCUACUUUAAAGACCCGUUGGACGCCUUUGAACUGGGCCGAGUUUUUAUUGGAAGCAAAGAGCAGGGAUAUGAGGUCCAGGCUGGUUUGCCCAGAGGAGUCAGGGAGAAGAGGUGGAAUGCUGGGCUCACCAUAGUCACGCCACACAGGAAGUUUGUGUUUGAGUGUGAAAACGACAGGGAGCAGAAGGAGUGGUUAGCGGCUUUGAAUGAAGUCUUCUCCCGGCCUGUGACAGCCUAGGACGAGUGCAGAGGCCAUUCUCGGGCUGCGCUGACCACCAGAGCAGAUGACUUGGGCACACAGGGAAGAUAAACUCAGAGACGCUUUAUCUGCUGACAGCUGUUUUUGCCUUUGUCUUCUGUCCUGGAGCGCGGGAUUGCAUUUCCAGGGCUCAUUCCAGUCCAGCCUACAAGGGCCAUGGGGAUGUGGUCCCCUUAGCAGACAGAGAUAACCACACUCAGUUCAUGGGACUGUCAGCCGCUGUUAUGUUCAAAGAGCCUUUGGGCUGCUCCUGACAUGGACUGCACUGGAGCCAGCGACCAGGAGACGAGAGCGCCGCAUCCCAGUGUUAAGGCCUAUAGGGGGAUUUUCAAAAGGGCUUAGCACUGGCCGAACUCUGCUCCCACUGAAAUCAGUGUGUCAUGACCCAUGGGUCUCAAACGCGGGCCCACAAGGUUCAUGGAAGCAGCCACGCUCCAGCUCUCCACCCAGCAGCCAGCUGGCUGCAGGUUACCUGAGACCCAGGAACCUCAGCUCCAGUGUAAGGCUCCGCACCUGAAGUCCAAAGGGCAGAGUCCCAGGGCAACUGAUUGGCCCGUUGACCCUUCUGAAGCCAGCAGCAGGAACAGGAAGCUGUCUGAACAACUGGGCUCUACCAUGUUCUGGAUGGUUUGCCUGUGCUCCCCUGGCUUGAUCUCCUGGCAUCUGACUCACGGUUCCCGACGUCCAGUUUGUCUCCUGCCUCUGAUCCCCUGGUGUCCUGGUGUCCUGACCCAGCCUGACUCUGGUUCCCAACUUGUGGUUUGCUUCUAACCUCCCAGUAUCCCGACUCCUGUCUCAUGGCCGUGGACUUUGGCUCUAUUCGAUCUGGCUGCCCACAACCCGGCUGUGACAUAGUGGGAGUUUUACCAUUGGCUCCAGCAGAGGCAGUGUUAUGCCAGUGCAGAGCACCCAGCCUAUGGGGAAAUCUAAGAGGGGCUGUGCAGACAUAACCCCUGUUGGCUUCAGCAGGUUCUCGGAACCUCCCAGGACACGUCCCACGGGUUAGAAUGAAAGGAUUGCCCCCUUUUGUUAUAAGUGGGUCUAAGGCCCUUUGCUGGGUUGUACGGUUUGGUGACAAAAUCCCCAAAUUAUGGAAAAAUAAAAGACAGUUUUGACCUGCUCCAACUGCCCAUGUAAUAACAAUAGUAAAGAAUCCCUGUGCAGCACCGUUCAUCCCAGGAUCUCAACUCUGACCCCAUAUUACAGAUGGGGAAUCUGACAGACAGGGAGAGUAAGGCCAAGUUUUGUCAAAAGCAAGGACAGAUCUUAGGCAUCCAGUCUGAGACACCUUAUAAUCCACACAAAUACAGCUUGGGCUAUGGGCUGACAGUGAAUUGAGCCUCUCGUCCUCUGCUCUAACCACGGAGGAACAUUCUCUCCUCUCACUGCUAGGGCUGGGUGAAAGUUCAGAGAGCUGGUCCAGUCAAGCAGCCAGACAUUUGCAUGUUUUUCUUUGUAUCUGGACUGGUUUAGUCUGCAGAUCGGGCUGGAAAUCUUGCAAGCAAAAUGUAUGGUGAGGCUGCCUGCACUUACGGACAUGUUCCAGCCUGCCUGAAACACCCAGAGUAGCUCGCUCUUCCUGCUGAAACAAGGAAGUGCCUGUAGGCCAGGGGGUGGGUGAAAUGUUUCAACUGAACUCUUCUGAAUCUCUGAGAAAAGGGUCUGGGUUGGAUCCUCCUUUUAUUUAUCUGAAUGAGUUCAUCAUCCUCCAGCCUGCUUCUCAAGCUCUACUUCUCCCUGUACCCACCAAUAACCUUGCCAAUGGAGCUGCCCCUGCCUCUCCAGGCAGGGCUGGCUCCAGGCACCAGCUUAGCAAGCACGUGCUUGGGGCGGCCACUCCGGAGAGGGGCGGCAUGUCCAGUUACU